CAUGUCGGAGGCCCUCCUCUUAUCACUGAUACAGAAGCUCGACACUAAUUAUCGAAGGCAUGAACCAAAUGACGAAAAGGUAAUUAAAGAGAUGCGAGAGAUUGUGGAUAUUGUGAGGGAUAAGAAAUUGGAAGAGGGAAGAACCCUAAAUUUUUUUGUAUGUGACCUUGUCGACGUGGCUGACGAUGCUCUCUUCCUUUUCAAACAAGACGCAACCUAUCCUUGGAAAUUUGAUUCCGUGCAUAGUUGGAUGGGAGAGAUCAAAAAGCGCAUGCUUAAACUGGGAGAUGAUGGGGCAGAGACAGAGUCCAACAUGAGAUCAUCACAAAAUGUUGAAGAUGAUGUAGAUGUGGUUGGAUUGGACGAAGAUGUGGAAAUGCUGCUUCGCAAAAGGAUUUUUGGUGAGGGAGAAUACCGCCCGCCUGUUCUUAUCAAAGGGAUGGGUGGUAGUGGAAAGACAACUCUUGCCAGAGAGAUAUACAACCAUCCAACCGUCGUUAUCGAUUCGAGUUUCGUCUUUAGGUAUCUAAUUCUAUUGACCUCACUAUGAAAGAGCUACUCAUCAAACUCGUACAACAAGUAGUUCAAGAGAAUCUCCAUAUAUCUUCCUUAUUGGAGAAUAUGGACAACCGAAGCCUCCGAGAUAUGCUUCGCCAACACCUGCAAGGAAAGAGAUAUCUUAUAGUUCUCGACCACAUGCCCAAACAAAUGCCCUUGAGGUCUUUAGGGGAAGCUCUUCCAGCAGGAUACAAGGAAAGUACAUUGCUGCUCACAAGUCACACGACACAUCCCGACUUAGGUGUACGCGAUGAAGAUGUUCAUAAGAUGAAACCUUUGAAUUCUAAGCAGAGUUGGCAAUUGUUUCUGAAAACAAUAAAUCAUGGCAAUACAUUGACGGGUGAGCACAAAUUCCCUAUGUCCUUGAAGCAUAUGGCAGAACAAAUGUUGAGAAAAUGUGGCGGUCUGCCAUUAGGUAUAAAAGAGGUAGGAAAGCAGUUAGCGGAAAAAAAAGUCUCGGGAGGGAGUGAAUGGGAACAGCUUCUUGAAUCAGUUGAUUUUGAUUCAACAUUGAAGUUAUUAGAACCAUUUUAUCAUAAGUUGGAUCUCAAACUGGACUCAUGUUUCUUGUCUAUGGCCUUCUUUAAGGAAAAUAUAACUUUGAGGAAAGAAAAGUUGAUACAGAUUUGGGUUGCUGGAGGAGUAGUUGUACAGGCUUCAGAAUAUGACUGUGGACUAUAUUUAGAUGGUUUAGUCAAUGAAUCCUUUAUUGAAGUUGGGGACAAGAGCACGGAGUAUCACUUGAAUGCUCUACUACACAUGCUAUCCAUUCAAAAAGCAGAGCAGAAACUAUGUUUUGAGAUCCUAAGGAACAACGGAAAUAAUCGACCCUCUGAGAGUCCUCGUCAUCACCGUGUUAUCAUUUGUAGCAGAGAUAAGUUCAACUACUCCACGGAUCAAGAUAAACAUCUUGUGUCUAUCUUCUUCCAUGGAGGUGGCUAUUUGGACAAUAGUCCGUCUUAUUGGAAGAGCUUUGAACUACUUAAGAUACUUGACUUGGAGGAUUUUGGGUUGAAGUUUUUACCGGAAAGUAUUGGCACAUUGAUGGAAUUAAGAUACUUGAGAUUGAGAAAUAAUUACAUAAAGGUGUUGCCACAGUCAUUGGGGUGCUUGAAAAAGCUGGAGGUUCUUGACAUAGCUCAAAACUUUAUGGUGGAGGUGCCAUAUAUUAUAUGGGAAAUGAGUAGCCUUUGCCACCUCUACUUGUCUAAUGCGAUUUGUCGGAAGCGUUUGAAGGUAGACGCGCUGCAGAAUCUGAAGACCUUAACCUACGUCUCGGUUGAUAAUUGGACAUAUGAGUUCUCGGGUAAAUAUGUUAACUUCUCUUAUGAAAUUGGGCAUAGGAGAAUUGGAUGGAGACUCAGAUGUAAGCAAGCUCUUUGUGUCAUUGGAUGACUUGGAGUAUCUCGAGCACCUAAUCUUAAGAGGGUACCGUUUCAAAAGCAUGCCUUGUUUGGAUGAGCUUCAUAUUCUACACAAUCUCGUAACACUCAAAUUGGAUGGACUCCUUACCAGGUUACCAAAUAAUCUCCCUCCCUGUAUUAAAUCUGACGUUGGUGAAUAGCUGUCUUGAUGAAGAC